AGGAAAACGUUUAGUCACAGGAAAGGGCGGGUACUAGGGGGAGGUCUUCCAAUAGGAAAGCGUAGCUUGGUCUGGGGGUCCAUUUCGCGGAGAUAUUUUUUUUCAGGUCGUUUUAUUUCAGGCCAACACAAGUGGGUCUGUUUUGUGUUUAUUUUUACUUCAAUUUUUUUUCCACAGACGACAAUUAAAACUAAGUAAAUAAACAAUUGGAAAGGCGAAAUAAAGAGUUCGUUUCUACUCUGUUAUUUUGUGUUCGUUGAAAAGCCUCCUCUUCAGAGGGGAGGACGAUAUCGGUGAGAAAAUGGCGGCGAACCCGAGUCAACAAAGUCAGGCCGCAAGCUGGCCCCAGCAGUAUGGUAUUGGCGGGGACGGUUCUGAAGGUCCAAUUCAUGAGAACCCAGAGUGGGAGAAAGCUCGACAGGCACUGGCGUCAAUCAGCAAGAAUACAGCCAGCUCAGCAGCCAAGACUGCAGCGUCCAAUCAGAGCACAGCGCAGGCGCCUCAGUACCCCGCAGUGCAGGGUGACUCAUCUAACCUGCAGCAGCAGCAGCAAUAUUACCAGUGGUACCAGCAGCAGCAGUACAGUGGCUACAGCUACCCCUAUAACUACUACUACCAGAUGCCUGCCUAUGGAGGUGGUUAUCCCCAGCAGGGUCAGUAUGCAGUCCCUGGCUCCUACCAGCAGCCUCCCACCACUCCCACCACUCCCACUGCACAGCCUCCAUUGCCUCCAAUGGAUGACACCUCCUUCCAGCCUCAGUCCCAACCCUCUACCCCAAGCACCCCCCAGUCCCCUCUCACCCCUACCCACUCCCUGGGGGCAUCGGGAGGAGGGGGGCAAAAAGAACUGUCACAGCAUAACAGCCACCCUCACAACCAGCAACAGAGGAACCACUACCCUCAGAAUUACCAGAACCCGUCCCAGCAGGGCUACCAGAACCAGGGGUCCAGCGCGGGCCAGCACCAUUAUCAGAGCCCAGGGCAUGGGUACGGGACCCAAACCGGGCCGAGCCAGCAGCAAGGCUAUCAGAACCAGGCUUCGGGCCAGCAGUUCAAUCAGCAGCAGCACCAGAAUUCGUACUCUGAUGGGGGGAGCAAGAAAGGGAAAGGAGGAGUUCAGCAAGGGCAGCAGCAGUGGCAACGCAUGAAACAGGCUCCAGGUACAGGCGCAGUGAAGUUCAACAUCCAGAAACGCCCAUUCGUAAUGACCAACCAGAACUUCCCUUCCCAGGAACAGAGCAGUGGAUUGGCCGGCUUAUCAGCGACAUCACAGGACAGGUGGGCGGGGCAAGAUGUGAGCGUGACCCGGCCCGAGGACUGGCCCAAGGCGAUGAAGGAGUACGUGCAGCGCUGCUUCACAGCCUGCGAGUCCGAGGAGGACAAGGACCGCACGGAGAAGGUUCUGAAAGAGGUUCUGCAGGGCCGACUGCAGGACGGGACAGCCUACACCAUCGACUGGAGCAGAGAGCCGCUGCCAGAACUGAAACAGAAGAAUCUCUGGGAGGCGGUGCCUUCACAGAGGGGCUUGGAGCCCGUGAGCCAAUCCAGCGGAGCUGGAGGCGUAUCUGCGAGGGGCGGGGGCCGGCACAGGGGUGGAGUCUCCUCGUCUGGCUCCUCCCACUCCACGUUCAGCCCCCACAAGCUGGGUAACUACAGGAACGUGUUCACCAAGGAGCAGAGCUCCUCCUCCAGCAGCCGGUCCAGAUCCAGGUCUUCAUCCCCGCACAGGAACAGGGGCAGACACCGCAGGAGUGACUCUGGCUCUCAGUCUGACAGCAGCAUCUCCUGUGAGUCCAGACCUUCACUCUCAAGGAGGAACCAGAAAGGAGGGAGAGGAGGGAGAGGGAGAGGCAGGGGCAGAGGCAGAGGAAACCGAGGACGCAGGAACACGGACGACUCUGGGACGGGAGGUCCUCAGUCUCAGAAGCGGGCCGGUGGGCGCAGGAAGGGCGGCUGCGCGGGGCUGGACUUUGAGGACCCGGAGCGAGAGUUUAAGAAACAGAACCGGGCAGCGCGGUUCCAGAGCGUGCUGGGUGGGAAGAGGCUGAGGACAGAACCGCUGGUGCUGCAGAUCAACGCCUUCGACUCCCACAGCUCCCAGCAAGGCAGCGGGGACGGGCUCGACUGGGAAGAGUUUAAGAUACUGGGGACCAGCCAGGACAUCACAAAGCACUACCUGAGACUGACCUGCGCACCAGAUGCCUCCACUGUCAGACCAGUGCAGGUGCUGAAGAAGUCUCUGGUCAUGGUGAAGACUCACUGGAAAGCCAAUCAGGAUUACGCCUUUGCCUGCGAGCAGAUGAAGUCGAUACGACAAGACCUGACGGUCCAGGGGAUUCGUACGGAGUUCACAGUGGAAGUUUACGAGACUCACGCCAGAAUAGCUUUAGAAAAGGGUGACCACGAAGAGUUCAAUCAGUGCCAGACCCAGCUGAAAGCUCUCUACAGCGAGUCUUUGUCUGAGAAUGUGGGAGAGUUCACUGCCUACAGAAUACUGUACUACAUCUUCACCAAAAACUCUGGAGAUAUCACGACAGAGCUGGCGUUCCUAACUCGUGAGCUCAAGUCCGACCCGUGUGUGUCUCACGCUCUGGAGGUGCGCACAGCCUGGGCUCUGGGGAACUACCAUCGCUUCUUCCGGCUGUACCGCUGUGCGCCCCGCAUGGGCGCCUACCUCAUCGACAAGUUCCUGGACAGGGAGAGGAAGCAGGCACUCAAAGCCAUCGUCAAGAGUUUCCGCCCCGCAGUCCCGGUCGAGUUCAUCCAAUCAGAGCUCACCUUCCCGACGCAGGAGGAGUGCGUGGCGUUCCUCGACGCUCUCUCCAUCUCGUAUGUGGGGACCGACCCCUCCAAAGUAGAUUGCAAGCUGAGCAUGGCCAUCCUGCCCAAUUUCUAAAGGAAAUUAGCAGACAGGUUUGCUCUCUGAACCCCUGAACAAAUCAGUAUUUAAAUAUCUCCAUGAAUCCAGCAGCACAGAACUGAUAGAGCAGAUGGGGGUGGAGGCACAAAAUGGCCGUCUGUUUCUGUACAACUUUUUUUAGCUAGUUUAUGCAGCACACAGAAUCCAUUUUAGGUAGAAACGGAUACAAAGGAGGAUGGUGGGAAGGGAAUACAGACGAAACGCUUGCAGAUUUUUAACACAUUUCCCAUCACCACCCAGUCUCAUGAAACACCUUUUGCUACAGAAGUGUAUGUUGUUAACUGUGUUUAGACAACUGUCCUUUUCCAAGUUUUAGAGGAAAAAAUUAGCAUCGGACCACUUUUGAAAUAGCACCCCUUCCAGCUUACAGCAGACAAAAUUGACUCUGUGUUAAAGAACAGGUCUGUUCUAGCUUAACCCCAGGACAAAAUGGGCUUCAGGUGAAAAAUAUUUCCAGCUUGUCCGAUACACUAUAUAGAUAGCGAGCUCUUCCCACCUCGCCCAGCUUAAAUUGAUGCUGUCUAUUAUAGCUUAAACAAGCACUCAAUAUUAACACCACAAUACACUCAAUAUCACGAUAUUAACAUCACAAUACAGCAUGGACACUUGGGAAGGGCUAUUCCAGUUGACAUGCACGCCAUUUUAGGAAUAUUCUAGUUUGCCAUACUGUGUACAAAAUGAGGGCCAAGAAUAGCAUAUAUAUAUAUAUACUCUUUUCUAAAAUAUUGCUGCUAAUAAAAUAACCAUUCUAGUUUUUAUCUACUCGCGUUUCUAAGCUUCUAAGCAGGAACCAGUGAGCGUCCUCUUUGCCACAUUCAAGAUGGCAGCCACUACUCAGAAUGGGUUGAACCUGGGUUGUACAGCUGUGCCACAACCAAGAUGGCUGCCUGGCUACAGGCAGGGCAACAACUUCGCCACAAGCAAGAUGGCUGCGGAGAGUGGCGAAUGGUGCCUGUUCUGCUGUGUCACAACCAACAUGGCCGCCUCUGCCAUCCACUGUACAUGGAAAGCUACACAAGGAUGCAAGCAAGUUCUGAGCUGAAUUUAAUUUUGUAUUUGUUUUAAAUACAGCAAUGCUUGAGGAUUUUCAAUAUCAUUAGAAACCUUCUCUCUUCCUCCCCUCCCCACCACCUUGUGUUCUGUCCAUUAAUGGUUCAUCCCCAACAAUAUACAUUUUGAUGUUAACAAGAUAAUCAAAAUAGCUGAAUACAAACACAAUGUUAAGGUGCCAAAUCCUGUUUCUAUGGAAGCUGCGAAAUGUCUUAGAUUGAAAAUGAUGUUGGUUUUUCUUUUGGUUUGGGAUUUAUUUAUUUUUCUUUCAUUUUCCAGGAGGUAAUAAAUUGUUAGUUUUUCCAGGAGUUUAAAAUGCACUUGAUCUUAUUUUGGAAGUGUCAGCUAUACACGUUGCUUUAGAAAGAAAUGUACUGGUUUGUUUUUCUUUUCUAUAAGUUGCUAAAAUGCUCAAAUCUGUAACCAGCUGUUUUAAAUUUAAACUAUACUAGGGAACUGGGUUACAUCAGCAGAGUUUGUAGUCGGAUACACUACCUCCAAAACCUUACUUCCUCAAAACUAUGCCAUGGUAGAAUCAAAAUUAAACGGAUUUGACCCCAAAAUGUAAUUCUGAACCAUUCGUUUGACUUUGACUCAAACUUACGUUUUCUGUAAAACAGGAUUCAAAUCAAAUUUCAUUGGCUUUUUUAUAUAAAAUCUGUAUCUGCAUUUCAGUGUGUAGAAAACCUAAUAUUUCACUUCCUUUUUAAAUAAGGCUUUGGUUUCAUUUUAUUUUAGGUGAGUUUAAAGAUUAGAAAAACUAGCUGUCAAACUACAGGUACACUAAUUCUAGUAGAGUACUGUGAUUUUAAAAUCACAAGACUUUUUUUUGGCUAAGUCUUAGUUUUCAUCUGUACAGUAUAUUGAUUUUAAUCUGCAGCUACAAUGUAGUUAUACCUUAAACAGCAUUUAGUGUCUUAUUGCAGUGUAAUGAAAAUUAUUUUAUGUAUUAAAAAUACCCUAUUGCAGCCAAGGCCGAAAUCUCAAAAAGAGGGUUGUUCCAGUACUAUAGGCCCUGAAACUAUCAUUUUGUUUUUUGUAUUAGAGUUAUCAGUUAGUUAAAUAUCAGUACAAUCCAGUAUAGUGAUCCUAAGAUGUGUUCGUAAUAAACUUGGGUAUAGUGCUGUCAAACUACAGUUCUAUGUAAUCUAAAGACAUGUGCAGUCUCAUGCUGUUCUAUUCAAUUGAUCUGAAACUGCAAUGUACUUCUAGGAGUUUAAUCUGGUAAUCUUAAAAUGAUCAAAUGUUAAUCUUGUCUAUUAAUAUUAGACUACAGUUACUAUGUAAUUCUAGCACAGUCUAGUUGUAAACUGCAGUUACAGUGUAAUUCUAGUAGUCUAGUAAUCUUAAACUGCAGUUACAAUAAUUCUAGUGAUCUUCAAAUGCAGUUGCAGUGGAAUUCUAACGGUCUAGUACUGUGCGAUUCUAGUACAGUGAGAUGUUAUACAGCAAAUUCAGUGAAACUUUACUGUACACCAUUGGAAGAGUGUGAGUAAUAGUGGUAGUGUCUCUAACUACAGCUCUGAACUAAAAACAAAAUAUUACUCCACUGACUUGCUGUGUUAAUAAUUGACCUUGGUAAAGAGUUAACUUAUCAAACCAACCUUCCUUUAGUAAGAGUUGUGUGCCCACCCCCCCGCCACAAAAAAACAUUGUAUGAUGACUUGAUUUUAGACCAGAUUACAAGUACAUAUCCAGUCCAGUUCCAACCACUUCUUGCAUCAGUGCAUUUUACUAAUUAAAAGGCGUCCUAGAUAAGUGUGCAGGCAGGUUGUAUUUUUAAAAUGGGCAAAUCAUUUCUUUUUUUUGUUACAUUGUUACAGACUGGCUAUGGAUUCAAACGCCCCUCCUGGUAAAUCGAUCUGCUGUGGAAUAGCUGUUCACUUUCCCCAGAGCAAUGGCAUGCUUCUGUUGGUUAUACGUAGGUGACCCUUCAGUGGAGCCUGUAGAGAGUGUGACUGUGUCAAGAGAUCGGAUACUUAGAAAUCCUGUACUUUUACUCCUGUUUGGGGUUCUCGAAAAAACUGAAAGAAACUUAGUGAAAGUCAUUUGACAAACACUUUGACUAGAAGUCUUUCCUAAUUAUUAUUUUUAUGUACUUCUAAUAAAGUAGUGAUCUUAAACUUCAGUUGCAAAGUAAUUCAAACGCAAUCUAGUCUAGUGAUCUUAAACUGCAGUUACAAAGUAAUUCUAGUACGGUUUAGUCCAGUGGUUCUCAAACGGGGUGGGUUGUCAUUUAUAAUUUGUUUUAAUUACUGCACACUUCUUAACUUUGAUAUAUUAACUUAAGCAGUCCUUACUGCUGACACCUCCUGGCAUGUCACAGUUUCUAGGUGGCGCUGUGCUCUUUGUUUAAGCUGCCAUCUGGUGAUGUACGUUGUUUAUUGGCUUGCUUGGUAGUGAAUCAGUGUGCACAUCAGUAAGCGUUGGACACAUUUUCAGUGUUAAGUUUGCUCUUACGAUUGGUGGCUGGUUCGUGCAUAAGAAAAACAGCAGUGACAUGUUGAAUUUUUUUAUUGAUAUAUUUGCAGUACGUGUGUGGAGGGAGGGAGGGGAGUCAAGUACCACAAACAAGAGGACGUGAGGGGUGCAGUGUAGUCCGGUCCAAAAAGUUUGAGGACCACUGGUCUGGUCUAGUGAUCUUAAACUGCAGUUCCAAUGUAAUUCUAAAUAUAUACAUUUUCGCACCAUGGGUUUAAUAAUUUUUUUGAUACUGCGGCUUAUUCUCAGAUAGUCAUGCUUCUUGCAGACACGUCCGAGCGUGCAUCAUUGUACAGCACAGAUCGCCUUGGAUUGCAUCAAACUCAUCUGGUUUUUAAGUCACCAAUAAAAUAUAGACGUCUGAUAAAAUCUCCAUUAAGAAAAAAAGAAAUGCUGUAAUAAUUCUGAUUGAUCAAAACAACUACUUAGACAAGCAGACAAACUUUCUGACCAGAAGUCCUUCUCGUCGUCUUCAUAUCAGAGUUGGCAAAUCGUGGUGCACGAACCUGUUGGGAUUCAGCUCUCCACAGAAAUCAGACGAAGGUCAUUGGUGUUAACUGGGCUAAUUUACCAUUCAAAGUGAAACAAAUGAAGAAACAGCUGCUUGGAUUUGUGGUGAUAUUUCCUUUUCUUAGACUCUGAAGAACAGAAAUCCACACAAACUUAGCUGUUUCUUCAAUUGUUACACUCUGAAUGGUAAAUUAGCCCAAUCAACACCAGUGACCAUGAUCAUCUGUGGAAAGCUUGAUCCAGAUGAUCCGUUUGUGCAGCACUAUUAGCUAAUCAAUACAUUUAAACUUCAUUUUAUCUGACUUGCUGAAACUGCAGCAGACAAACUAUAAUGAUCCAGAGCAUAUAGAAAAGAGCUUGAAAAAGGUGAAUAUUAGCGACAGCACACAUUCAAAACUCAUACUGCAAAUGCAAUGCAUUUUAAAAUUAAUAUAAUGUAAUAAGUAAACGUGGCUUAUCUUGAUGUAAAAUGUUAAAUGUUAUUCCCCGAUGUUGGAAUCCAUAUUAUACAGGGAUGGGAAAAAGACUCCCAUUGCAUAGCUGUUUGAUCCACUCCUGGUUUUAUUAUGCAUAUGAGCUUGUUAGCUACACGCUGGCUCAUCAAGCUUUUAGUAAAACCUGGAAUGGGUGCAACUGCUAUACAAUAGCAGUCUUAUUUCCAUCUCUGCAGUAUAAGUAACCAGACUCAUGAGGUGUGUAAGGAAAGCAGUGUGGUUAGCGAAUCUCUAACGGACCAACACAGACGCAGUACACUGCCAGUUACAAACCAGACCCCAAAGUAACAUCAAGCACUAAAACACAUACAAAGUUAAUGUUUUAUUGGGACCGAUUCAUUGUCAUUUAUAAGUCACAUCCUCAUUGGAAACUAUUAUAAUUUCACUGAGAGAGUGGAUCUUGUACUCAAUGUCACUGACAAAUAAAUUAAACCACACAGGAUCUACAUAAACAGAUGAGAUAUGUUAAUAUCAGUCUUAUUUAGAUUUAAUGACUUGCAAUGUGUUUCUAAGUGUUGGGUGGCUGUCUCUAAUCAAAUUGAGAGUUUUUUCAUUCAAUUGCACUCUUUGUUUGACAAACCCCCCGACACAACAGAGUGCAAGAGAAUGAAAUACACUCUCAACAUGAAGGGAACUACUCCACUCUUAAACAUACAUUGUGGUAAAUAGUGCUGUAUUGUAUGAUCAGUCAAUGGUUAGUCAACUCCCCUCAAAGAUUACUCAAUACUCCUACCUUCGUAGAAGAACUAUCGCAGUCAGUAUGCUUCUGUACAAUUCGAUCUUUAUCUUCUUUUAUUAGGCAGUUUGUAACAAGUUAAAUGUCAAAUAUAUUGCAGCCCUUGUGUGAUAAAUAGUAUAUUUUCUUCUCAAAGAAACAUUUGUGUUUCAAUACCGAUAGCCAACACUAAAGCAGCUCACUGUGUGUCACCCACGUUAGCCCACAAUCUUCCAGCUACCCAUUGUCUGGUACCUCAAUCCUCCUGCCUUGGAAAUGUAUCUAACCCAUAGCAGUAUCGAAAGAGUGACUUCAUAGCCAGGCUGUAAAUGUAGCGUGUUUAGACCUCUGAUACACAUACAGCAUCAGAAACUCAAAGCUAUGAACUCAAAGUGAGCCGUCAACCUGACCCGCAAAUGGAGACCAGUCACAGAUUCCGUGCUGCCUACUGUGGAAGAUGUAACCAGUUCAGCACAGCCCAGCUUUGAUUUGAAACUAUUUAACUUAUUUUUCUUCAACCCAGGUGUUAAACAUUUCAAAUUUUGCCUUAACCAUUUAACCAUUGUCAAAAAAUACGCAGGUCAAAUAUUUUACAUAGCAAGAAGUGCAUAGUGCUGGCCAGUUUCAUAGUCAAUGUCUUCUCUUUUCAUUGUACAGCUAAAUGCUGCACACAUGCAGUCUUGUACACAGACACUUGCUGCAGUAAUUUUAUAAAGAGCGAUGCUUCUUACAGAGGCUUUUCUGAUUGGUUACAAACAUCCCCAAUAUGUUAGUUUAAUGUGUUUAAUACCAAAGUUUUAAACAUUUUAGGAAGUGAAACUGCAAUCAGUGCCCCUAAUUAAGGCAGUGCACCUGCAUUAAAUGACUGAAAGUCAUAGAGAUUUUCAGAUCCUGUACUGUUUGUAGCUUUGAGUUUCUGCUGUAAUUUUAGGACAGUGUUGUCAAUUUCAACUGGCUUUUGACCCUUUUUCUGUAAACUGCAAAAUCGCUUGGCUAACAUUGAAUUUAGCAGUAUUUCUUUUAAGCAUACUGGCGUGUGUGAGUGAGUCUGCAUCCCAGAUAUUAAACUCAACCCAUUUGUACCCUGUACAGGUAAUUUAUAUAUAAAAUUGGGUGUGUGUAUAUAUAUAUAUAUAUAUAUAUAUAUAUAUAUAUAUAUAUAUAUAUAUAUAUAUAUAUAUAAUAUAUAUAUAUAUAUAUAUAAAUAAAAUACAUUUGAGAAUUUUUUGAAACUAAACUAAGUAGCUAAAUAUAAGUAGAUAGCCAUGUUUUUUACUUGAGAUCACUGUUUGUGUCUGUGUGUAUAUACUAGUGUACAGAUUAAUACCAUUUUUUUUACUUUUGUUUCAAAGCUAUAUGCUGUAAAAAUAAGUUUAAAAACAUGUACAUUAACUAAUUCUUUUUCUUCUGUAAAUUGUAAAUAAUGCUGGAUUUGGUGUUGAAACUUGAAAAUGUUUGGAUGUAGGGGGGCUUGCAGUGAUGGUUCUCUGCAAAAGGGUUUGUAACAGAUGUUUACAGCUCUUGUAAAUAUUAAGAUAUUUCUUAAUCGCGCAGUUUAUUUGUUACCAUAACUUAUGAGCUUUGAAAAAACAUGUAACGUUUAUAAAUAUUAUAAAAUGAGCAAAACAUGAACUAUAUAUGUAUAUUAGGAGUCGGGAGGGGGGAGAGUUUAAAAAGAUUUUCUUACUCUUGUGGUUGAGGUUUGGUUUGAAUGGGGGGAGUUAUGUUAAGAUCGUUAGUAUUUGGGUCAAAGAGGUUUGUGAGUCUUCAUCAGUGUUGUUUAAGAGAGCCUUUUAUAUAUAUAUAUGUAUAUGACAGUGUUUCUAGCUUUGAUAUGAUUGGUAUAAUGAAGUUCUUAUUUUUUCUUGCUGUUUGUAAUGUACAUGCAUUGUCCAUAUGGGGAAAGAAAUUCAUAUUCUACUACUGACCAGUUUUCUCAAGCUUUUUGUCUUUCAGUAUUUGAGAGAGAAUUUUGAGAGAAUGAAAAAAUUGGAGAGCCACCGACGCACUAAACAUCAAAGCAAAAGUGCGCCUCUCCUCUCCUCGUCAGAAAAGUGACAGCUCAUCAAGGAGCGACAGGAGAAAGGUGGAAUAAAGAGAGAAAACCCAGGUUCUAGAAACGACAGGUGUUGAAAAACCAUUCAAAGAAUCGGAGACGACAAAUUCAGUUGGAAGAAGUCAUUUCGGGUUUUCUCAAGUCGUUUUUCAAAUUCAGACUCUCGUUUCAGUACGAAAGAAGAUUUAAAACAAGGACUUUCAUUUUUUUGGUUUGUGUUUUUCUAUUUAGAUUUUUCUAUUUCCUCAUUUUCUUUUGGUUCCUGAAAAGUUCAACAGCGUAAGUCAACUUUCUUCAGGGUGUGGGUGAGGGGGGGACAGAAGAAAAGAGAAGUUUCCGGAAUUCAAGUUUGAUCAACUCCCCCCUCCCUUACCUCCUUUUUCACACAUACGUUUAUUUCACAGGUAAAGCGGCUACGAUGCAGAAAUAAGUUUAAACCUGCUGCUUUCUUUUUUUUUUUUUUGUCUCGAAUUUGAAUGUGUGUAAAGUAAGCAGCAUCUCCUUGACCAGUUUUGGCUCAAACGCUAGAGUUGAAUCGCUAUCCACCUUCCCACUUGCUACCUCUCAUUUUUCCUUUGUUCAGUCUCGAGCAAAGUAUCAGUUAUUCACCCCCAAACCAUCUUUUCCUUCCUUUUCUAACAAUGACAACAUGUAAAAAUAAUUCCUGUACAAUACCUCUGUAAAAUACACCCCUCCCUCCUUAACCUUACCCAUCUGUUCCCUCAACUCAUAACCUCUCUCCCCUCCCCUCUCCACCGCCCUGGUUAUAUGGGAGAUGUAUAUAAAGGGAUCAACUGUUGUAUUUCUAAAUUGACGUUUGUGUUUUUUUUUGUUUUGUUUUUUUGGUGUUUUUUUCAUUGUUCAUGUAGUUUGUUUUUCUCUUCCAGAUAAUGCAUAUAUUUUUGCUUCUUUCUCUUUUUUGUCAAAACCAGAGAACUACUAUGAAUAAACUUAAGAAAGAAAAAAAAAACUAAUAAAAGAAAUCUCUCGAAUGGAAA